AUGAUCGUGUUAUGGGUUACACUGCUUGUUCUUCACCGAGGAUAUACACUUGUUCCAGUAACUUCAGUUCAACUUGGGGAAACUGUAACCAUCCCAUGUCAACUGCCUGUGAUUGAGACCAUUCGUAAAGAAGUCCAUUGGUACAAGCAGCGUGCCGGGGACACUCUGAAAGUAAUUUGGACAAUGAGGGAAUCUGCAACACCUGAGUUUGCGCCUGAGUUUAAUAACUCCAGAUUGAAGGUAAAUCAUAAUAAACACUUUACCAACCUGACCAUUUUGAAGACAAAUCAAGAGGACGAGGGAAUUUAUCACUGUGGGUUCACAGAAUGGCGACAGAAUACUGAAUGGACCGGGACGUAUUUGUUAGUAAAAGGAAACACCCAGAAAACAUCAAACUACACUUUUGUUAAGGAGAAAGUCCAUCCAGGAGACUCUGUUACUCUUCAAUGUUCAGUCCUCUCCAGCUCUAACAGAAAGACAUGUCCAGGAGGUCACAAUGUGUUCUGGUUCAGGGAAGCAAAUACAUCUCAUCCUGGCAUCAUAUACACCGAUGGAAACAGACAUCAUGAAUGUGGCAAAAGAUCUGAGACUGAGCAGAAUUGUGUUUAUCGCUUGUCUAAGAACAUCAGCUCCUCUGAUUCUGGGACUUACUACUGUGCUGUGGCCACAUGUGGAGAAAUAUUAUUUGGAAAUGCAACUGAACAACAAAUGGAGCAAGCAGCAGGUUUGGAAUUCAUAGCUCUGAUGAUAGCAAUAAUCUGCUUGAUAAUUUCUGUGAUUCUCAAUAUUAUUUUCAUCUGCUGCCAAACUCCAAGAGCAGCAUGUAAACAAUUUCAAAGAUGCACAGAUGAUCUAUUCUUUGAAACAAAGAGUUUAGUUGUUGGAGAUUAUGUGACUCUGAAAUGCCCACGCCGAGUAGCUGAGUACAAAGAAACCAUGUACUGGAUAAGGAUAGUUUCUGGAAGCUCAGUUGAAUUCUUGGGAGGAACAUUUACCUUUGACUAUAAUGGUGUUAACAAAACUCCCCAUAUUACAGCAAAACAAGAGCCUGGAACUUUUACUCUUGAAAUAAGUAAAGUUAAUCUUAGUGACAUUGGCCUUUACUACUGUAUAAAAGUCAGGCAGGUUGCUAUGACAUUUUUAAAAGGAACGUUUCUUACAAUUAAAGAACUAGAACCUGAUGUCACUGACAUUUUCCAAAUGCCUCCAUCUGAUCAUGUCUAUCAAGGAGAUCCAAUAACUAUGCAGUGUUCACUCCUCUCUAACACUGAGAAGAAAACUUGUUCUGGAAAUCACAGUGUGUUUUGGUUCAGAGCUGGAACAGACGAGUCUCAACCCAGUCUAAUCUAUGCUCAUGGAAAUACUGGUGAUGAAUGUAACAAGAGUGCCGAGGAUCCUUCGCAAUACAAAUGUGACUAUAGCUUCUCCAAGAACGUCAGCACUGCUGAUGCUGGGUCUUACUACUGUGCUGUGGCCACCUGUGGACAGAUCGUUUUUGGAAAUGGAACAAAGCUGAACAUUAAGGGGCCCAGCACAUGGGACUUGCAGAAGGCCAAUACAGUUCUCUUUCUGUUAUCUGCUGCACUGGCUACAAGUCUACUUGUUAUAGCCUACCUCAUCAAGAAAUUAAGUGUUUGCUGCCCUGAGGCCUACGAGAUGAGCAUCGAGAGCUUCCUCACAGACAACCAGGCCUAUCAGGUGUAG